AUGGUUCUCCAGAGGACUGGGCCCAGCACCUCCUCUCCCCUCAGACCUAUCUGUGACCUGAGGGUUCUGGACCACUUCGUCUUGGAAGCAAUGGACACACUGAAGGCUGUGCGUGGCUGCAAGGCUGGGUGCACUGUGACGGCCUCGUUUGCUGUUCCUCCCACAAGCGUCGACUUUGUUGUCUGGGAGACAAAAGAUGUGGGGGCCCAGGUGGAGGAGGUGUGGUGGGGUCUGUCUCUGCUCAGCCAGGCCCUGGCUGCUGCGAGCACCUCUGUCAGCAACCCUGACCUGCAGGACCUGCUGGCCAGCGACAGGAGGAACCUCCACAGCCUGGGCAGGGUGCUGCGGAGCCUUCACUUCCAGGGCCUCUCCUCGGCCCCGGCCUCCGCUGACCAUCACACGCCGGCCCCGGCCUCCGCUGACCACCACACGCAGAGGCUGACGUCCCUCCCCGAGCUGCUCGCCGUCCACAUCAACUUCCUCCGAGGGAAGGUCCGCCUGCUGCUCACGCACGCACCUGCCUGCCAGCAACAAGCCAGCUGA